AUGAAGGUAAACCACGCCAAGUCUCGAGAUGGCCAUCAUUUGGCAAUAAAUAACAGCUUCCUGCGACGAUAUCUCACACUUGCUGCCCUCAAGACCACAUCUCGAUUCUAUAGAUGGGAUGGUCCCUGUGUCCCAAUCUUGAGCAGAAUUAUUGUGAAAAAGGGCGAAAAUGUCUACCUUGAAGAAGCAGCGACCAUGGCCUUCGUAAACGAUCGGACAAAGAUUCCAGGGCCCCGCGUGCAUUGCUCAUUCACGCACCGAAACAAAACCUACAUCGUCAUGGAGCGCGUUCGUGGCAAAAACCUGGCUGACGCACUCCCAAAACUAUCCGAAGCACAGCUUGAGUGCAUUUUGGCGGAACUUCGAGGUGUUCUGGAAGAGCUGCGCGCCCUCCCAGCCCCGGAAACUGCAAUACAGAGCUGCUUGGGAGGCUCCCUGCGGGACUCUCGUAUUCCUCGACCGGAGCCAAGAUUUGGGCCGUUCCCUUCGACGCAGGCGUUUCAUGAAUGGCUACGGGAGGGACUCGGGCCAGACCAGAAGCCUCGGUACGUCGAUGAUGAGAAGUGGGCCGACAUCCAGCGGAUGAUAGCUAUGCAGAAUCAGAAGUGGGAAAUGCCAGUGUUUACCCAUGGCGAUCUCAACCCUUUUAACAUCAUCGUCCGUGACGGGAAAGUCGAAGCUAUUAUCGACUGGGAAUUUUCAGGCUGGCUUCCACGUUACUGGGAAUAUACGUCCGUUUGGCUCGGCAACAAGACCAGAAUGGCAUGGCAAAAUAUGGCGGCGAAAUUCAUUGACCCUUGCCCAAAUGAACUUGAAAUGGAAACUAUUAGGCAGAGGUGA